AUGUUUGACCAAACAACACUAUUUUCAGCAUCAACAGUCCACUUGGAACACAUAACUACUGCUCUGAACUGUUUAACACCAUUUGGGAUGAAAGAUGAUGUCCUUAUCAUUAUAGACAAGGAUGGAUUGUCAUUUGCAAGGGAGAACAACCGAGUGAUUAGCAUCCAGCUAUACCUUUCCAAGGAACUGUUCAUUUCUUACAAUUACAACCCACCGAAUGAAGAUGCUGACUUCCAUACAAAACUCUGCGUUAAAAUUAAUCAUAUUUUGGACGGCAUAAGCAUUGUGAGCCGCGAUAAAGACGAUGUGGUAGAAUGCACACUCUCUUACAAUGGAGAAGGCACUCCAUUUGUUUUGAUAUUCGAGGAUUCAGUGAUAACCGAAAAAGUGGAGUACUCGACUUAUUUAGUAAGGGAUUGGGAUCCAACAGGUCUGGAGCUGGAGAUGGAUGCUAUCACUCUAGAAUGCAUCAUGAAAGGCGAUGUGUUAUAUAGUGCUUUGCAGGACAUGAAAGAAGUAGGAUGCAAAGAAUGCUAUCUGUAUGCGAGGGCUGCGGCUGAUGGGAAACACGUAUUCGCGCUCAUAUCCAAGGGCCAGCUGGGAUUGUCCAAGAUUCUGCUGCCGAGUGAGCGGUCAAUUUUAGAGAAACUAGAAGUGUAUCAUCCGCUAUCACACGAGAGGCUGUACGAUAGUCCUGUGAUAGGAUUUUUUGAUUUUGCAACAUUCGAUAAGAUGAGGUCGAGCGCCAAGAUUGCUAGUAAGGUUCUGCUGCGAAAAGACAUACAUGGUCUGAUGAGCGUAAAUAUAUUGAGCCAAACGGAUGAUAUCAUUGUAAGUGAUGCGAAGAAGCCUCGGGCUGUUAAAAAUACUAGUCUGCCACUAUCAAAGGACUACCCGGGAAUUGUGAUUGACAUAUCAGUUUUGGAGAAGAUUCGCAUGGAUGAGGUGGACAUUUCAGAAAUACGAUUUUUGAUGGAAAGUGGUGACAAGAGUCUAGCUCCCGCGUAUAACCCCGUUGACGUGCCUGAGCAACGUAAAAUGGCGACAGGAGCGGUUGCGCUGCAGCAGGAUGAGUCUCUUUUGUUUGACAAAAGGAGCGCGUCUGAGGGACCCGCAAAGGGAGCCGACGAAGAGUAUUUGCCAGCCACCAAUGACAUCCCCCUGUUCUUUUAG